UUACUUAUGUACAUAAAAUUUGUCUUAGUUUAUCAUACGAAUUCACGCAUUUUGUGAUAAAUAUUCUCUUAAAUUCGAUUAUACAAGAUCAGUUAAAAUUAAAUUUAUUUAGUUAACCUUAUAAUUUACAGUUAUAUAAAAAAAAAAUGGAUCAAUUUACAAAAUUUGUUGAACCAGGCCGACAAUUCGCCAAAGAUUCUAUUCGACUUGUUAAAAGAUGUACAAAACCAGAUCGUAAAGAAUUUCAAAAAAUAGCAAUUGCUACAGCUAUUGGUUUUUGUAUAAUGGGCUUUAUUGGUUUCUUCGUAAAAUUAAUUCAUAUCCCAAUUAAUAAUAUAAUUGUGGGUUCAUAGAAUUCUUAAACAUACGUAUUUAUAAUAUAUACAUCUACAUAUUUUUUAAACAUGAUUAUCACAUCGCUCAUAUAUUUAAGAAUUAUAAUUUAAAAUUAAGAUUGGUUAUUAAAUAUUUUUACUCGUAA